GGUGUGGUAGUAACUGUUCAUUUUUAACAGUUGUAUCUGUUCAGAACCAAUAUAGCUUUUAGUUAAUUCAGAAUCUAAAGUUGUGUCCGUUUAGAGACAAAAGUUGUGUCUAUUCAGAAUCAAAAGUUGUGUCGGUUCAGAACUAAAAGUUGUGUUUGUUCUAGGUUCAUAAGUAUUAGAUUCAAAAAUUUCUUGAUUGUCAUCUCAAGUUUCUCAGCAUCAAAAAUCUGGUGGUGUGGCUUCUUGUAAGUUAAGCCAUAAUUAUGGACAGUGGAAGGAACAGUAAUGAUCUUGUUGAGGUCUUAUUUUCUGGCAUAGCAGAAGAUAAAUUCAUACAAAAGAUUACAGAAUCAGUUCAGUAUCAGCAUCAUUCUAUCACUUCAAGCCCAGACAUUCCAUCUUCAAUAAGCUUGGAGAGAAGCAAGUCCAAGGAAGCUGAAAUUGGCAUCUUUGAAGCUCAGAAAUACUGCAAUGUGAGAUUAGAUAAUGGUCCAAUUACUGUAGAUACUGCAACUGCUCAUGGCUACCGGAAACCAAACCAGGUUGAACUUCUCCAUGCUAAAACGAAGAGCAAGCCAGGUACAGCAGGUGUAAUUUCUGAAGCAAAUUUGAAUGGCCAAACUGCUCCAUUGCCAUCAUAUCAGACAAGCCUACCUCGAGCUCAAAGUAAGCCAAAAAGGGUACAUGGAAAGAGUGGUUUUCUUGCUGGUCUUAGCUGCCAUGGAUCUUGUUCUGGUAAGAAAUCAGUUUAUGUGAGUUCAAGUGUUGAGCAUGUAGUGGCAAUUCAGGGAAGAGAACACAGAAAAGAAGCUACUCAAAUUGUUCACAGUCCUAUCAUGUUGAAUGGAAUAAAGCUACAGCCAAGAUUGAAGGUGAAAGAUGAGUUCCAUAAACCAGUUCAAAACCUGGCCAUUAAAAGACAGUUGGAAAAGAAGAAAACCAUUGAAGAGUCACAAAAAUCGCUAGAGGUGUUUGGUUCACAUAAGCUGAACAAGGAAGUGAUAGAAAUGAGUCUCGAGAGAAAAUUGUCUUUGUCAAGUUGUGAUGCAACUCCAAAGAACCCAAAGCUCCCAACAUCUUCAAUGAGGAGUCAAGAGUAUGAAGAUAUAGAGAGUGAUGAUAGUUCUGAUCUUUUUGAAUUAGAGAACAUACCGGGCAGUGGACAGGCAUUCUUCACAAGGGGAACAUCUGAUGGUGUCUCUGGCUGCAUGUGUCAGACUCCUUAUGCGCCAAGUGAGACUAGCCUUGAGCAGAGUGUUGUCAGUGCGAGUGCUGCUGAUUUCUCAGCUAUAUCAGAUUAUGAUGAAACAAUGCUCUCAGAAAAUUUUAGAACCACUUCUGGUGCAAGUAAAGUUGCCACGGAGAUAGAGGCGAAAACUGGCUGUUCAAUCAAACUACUGGAUUGCAAGAGUCAUAAAGCAGUUAGUUGCUUAAGACGCUUACAGAACUGAGAAGAACAAGUUUCAUCCACAAGAGCCUCACAGGCCAGUCACCCACAUGCCAGUGAGGAAGCUACAAGCUGACACUGAUGCAAGGUUUGAUUUCCCAUUAGCAAAAAAUGGCUUUACCUAUGGGAAGGUGAAGCUAUACUUUCUGUUUACAUGAAGCAACACAGUGUAAUGGACGGUGAUUCGGUGAAAACCGAGCUGAAAAUUUUCUUUUCACUUUGAAUUUUUAGAUAAUAAUGCAAUUAAGCUUAAGAAUCUUUUAUGUCA